UUAGUUACCUGGAAUGUGGGCACAGCUUCUCCGCCUCCUGAUGUCACUAGUUUACUUCAGCUCAAUUCCCUGGGCCCAACUAUGGAUAUGUAUGUUAUAGGCUUACAGGAGGUGAACUCAAGAAUCACAAAUUUUCUGUCUGACUUGGCAUUUGAUGAUCCAUGGAGCAUUUUUUUCAUGACUGUAUUGUCUCCAUUGGGAUAUAUCAAGCUCUCCUCCGUUCGCAUGCAGGGACUACUACUUCUGAUCUUUGUGAAGCACGUCCACCUUCCUUUCAUACGGGACAUUCAUACCCACUACACACGCACAGGCUUGUAUGGAUACUGGGGGAAUAAAGGAGGAGUCACCAUUCGCAUGUCCCUCUACGGUCAUACGAUUUGUUUCAUGAACUGCCACUUGCCAGCUCACAUGGAGAACACGGAGCAGCGCUUGGAUGACUUUGAGAAAAUUCUGGAAAUGCAGUUUGAAGGAGAGAAUAUUCCAAGUACCUUGGAUCAUGAUGUUCUCUUCUGGUUUGGAGAUCUAAACUUCCGGAUAGCAGAUUAUGGCAUACACUUUGUCCGAGAAUCAAUAAAUAACAAGCGUUACAAUCUGCUGUGGGAAAAGGACCAGUUAAAUAUGGCAAAAAAGAAGGAAACAUUUCUUCAGGAAUUCAUAGAGGGUCCCCUGCAGUUUAAACCCACCUACAAGUUUGACCUUUAUUCGGAUGUAUAUGAUACAAGUGAGAAGAAAAGAAAGCCAGCGUGGACCGAUAGAAUUCUUUGGAGAGUGAAAAGUCUCUGCCGGCAUGCAUCAAAAGAAGGCGAAUUCUCUGAAGAAGAACAGACAAUUUCUGUUACUUUGAAUAACUAUAUCAGCCACAUGAGCUAUGGCAUCAGCGAUCACAAACCUGUUACAGGAACUUUUGGGCUUGAGUUGAAGCCUCUUCUAUCAGAUCCUUUGGUCACGCUGCAUCCUGAGGGUGAGUGGAGCGCAGAACAUGACGUUCUAAUCAGCUAUUCUGCAGUGCCUGAAUUCCCAAGCAGUGCUUGGGACUGGAUUGGACUCUUCAAGGUGGCUUUCAGGCAUGUUAAUGACUAUGUUACUUAUGCUUGGGUAGAAGAUGAUGAAAUUUCUUCUAACAAAGACAGUAAACAAGUUUACAUGAGUGCUGCAGAAAUUCCUGAUAUGGGAGGAGAAUUUUUGCUUUGUUAUUAUAGCAAUAAUUUGCAGUCAAUAGUUGGUAUCAGCCAGCCUUUUCAGGUUCAGCCUAAUAGAACAUUAAUGGAAAAGGAUCUGACACAGGAAGAGAACAGUUGGAUGCAGAAACCUGACAAUCUGGAAUCGCAUAAUGAGUUCUGA